AUGGCGCGUUCCGGUAGCGAUGGCGACAGCGAUGACGCCUUGCAGUACAGCAAGCUCCUGCGUCAACAGAAGAAGCUCUGCGAUGAAGCCAUGGAGCUCGUGAACGCCGGUGUCGCCAUGCAGAACGCGUCGCCGCCUGACGCGACAGGGGCCGAUGCCAAGCUCUCGCGCGCAGUCACGCUCAUGGAACAGGCACUUGCUAUUGAGUACCCGUCGCAGGAGGAACGCGACGCGAGUCAGCGUCUGAACAACAAGAUGAACCGCUACGUCAAGAUGAUCCGCAGUCAGCGGGAGAAGGGCGUGGCUGGUGGUGGGGCCGGUCGCGGCCACAACACCAAGUACAACAUCUUGCCCAUGGACAGCUUACCGACGACGUACAAUGUCGUGGUGGAUCUGCUGACAAAUUCUUCUGCUGUUGGAGAUGUCUUUGAAAGCCUCAAGACCGCGUUUGGGUUCCAAGAGUCCAAUGUCGCCAACCAGAAGGAACACGUGCUGCUCAUGUUGACGAACUUUAAGUUGCAAGAAGAUGAGCCAAGUACAAAUGGUGAAGGGCAUCGGCAGCUGGACCGACAACAGGAGCUCGAGAUGGCCAACAAGGGCAUCAAGCGCUUCCACACUCGCAUCUUUGCUAAUUACACCAAGUGGUGCAAGUACGUAUCGACGAAGCCCGCGUUCACGAGCGACCCGGUCGUCGACAUUGUUUUGUUUUUCCUCAUUUGGGGCGAAGCUGGUAACUUUCGUCAGAUGCCGGAAUGUCUUUGCUUUCUGCUGCAUACGUCGUUGCCCCAGGCUUCGUCCCGGGGUGGCAGCAAAAACCCUGGCGACUUCCUCGUCGAGGUCAUUCGUCCCAUGUACAACGAGAUCAAAAAGGACAAUGACAAGAAGACGUCGCAAGGUGCACGGGCCCCGCACGCUGAGAUUCGUAACUAUGACGACUUUAAUGAGUUCUUCUGGAGCAAGAAAUGUCUGAAGUACAAUCCGACGACUAUUCACGAGCCGUUUGGCGAAGUGGACAAGAAGGGGCAUCCGAAAGUGAUCAAGAAGAGCUUUGUCGAGAAGCGUACGUGGAUACGCGCGGUGAUAUCGUUCCGCCGUAUUUUCUGUUUCAACUGUGCACUGUUCCUGGCCGUUUGUGGAUUUGCACUCAAUGUGGUCAUGUAUUGCCCGGACACACCUAUUCUGUACGGCGCUGAUUUGAACAAUGGAAAUUCUCGAGGCUUCACGGUCUUCGGUAAGAACCUUACGGCAUCUGAUAUCACUGCUUAUGGUUCAGGUGAUGGCGCCGACGACAAGUCUAGCUCUGGCUCGGGACCAACGUGCAACCAGCAAAUGCUGGCCACUUGUCUUGGUAUGACGUACACUUCCGACAUCUUCGAUAACAUCCCUAUUGAUUUCAAGGCCUUGCUUCAGGUUGUGCCCUUUACCGACUGCUUGGAGAAAAGUGCCGGUCGGUGCGGCUGCUAUUUGGAUCUUGUCGACAAUUGCUUCGCCGAAACGGGUCAUACGGUGAAGGUCACCGAAGACGAGCUUGCGUUUUCUUCUUCGGGUGAAUUUGACCAAAGCAUGUGUGUCGUGAACUGGCGUGCUGCCGUUGAGUCUAUUAUUAAGGAGCCUGGUCCGGGUAAGCUCAAUUGUGCGAUCUGUCAGUUGGGCAUCAAGGCGCUGAUUACGAACGGCAAGAUAGGCGAGUUGGUUGGAGGGCUGCUGAAGUUUGGCGACGGCGUACCGUUAGGUCCUGAUGACAUGAACAGCACCGAUCGUACGGACAUGGGCGGUCUUGCGAUGGCUGCCGGCGCGGCAUGCCUGGUUCUCGUUUGCGUAUGCGAGUUCUUCAACAAGAUCUCCUCGCGUGUCAGCUCGGGUUAUGUUGGACGUUCAAUGCCUGUGCCUAUUCGAGCAUACUGCCGUUACACUUGCUUCUGGCUGUUGUUGUUUGCUUGCAAGCUCACAUUUGACUACCAGUACAUGAUCAAGGCCCUGGUGGAAACGACGUUGUUCAUCUGGUACGCGAACGAGAAUGAGUACCUUCCGUACUCGAACUUCAUCCUCCAAGUGACGUACCACAACAUCAUUUACAUCAUGUUCCUGUGGAUCCCGUCCUUCUUCGUGUUCAUGUACGACGCGCAAAUCUUUUACUCGGUUUUGUCCGUGAUCUUCGGCUCGUUUGCGGGUUUUAACCUACGAAUCGGUGAAUUGCGCUCCUUCCGCGUUCUACGGCUUUCGUUUAAGUCCAUUCCGCGCAUGUUCAACAAAAAGAUCGUUCCGAACAUUCAGGACAGUGCGGCUGAUGGCAAGAAGAAGAAGAAAAAGAAGAAAAAAGGCGAGAAAGAGGAGUCCAUUAUGCCGGUACGGCAGUUCGAGCGUGUAUCUAUGGCAGAUGGAAUCAAGCCUCUCACUGUGAAGGCGCAGAUGUACUCGAAUCUUCUGGACCAGAGCGGUGACCAUCAGUACAACGAGGUGAAGACACCCAAUGAUAAGGAUGACGCAAGCUCAAGUAGUCGGCAGUCUCAGCUUGGAUCCGUGACGGGCGUCUCCGGAGCCGACUUUGAGCGCACGAUUCCGUUUGCUAUGGCAUGGAACCGUUGCUUGGGCAGCCUCCGCGAGGCGGAUAUCAUCAGCGAUCGCGAGCUGAACGUUCUCAGCUACUUGAUUGACUCGAAGGACGCGGAAGACCGAAAGUUGUACCCUCCGGCCUUUUUGACUGCAGGCAAGUUGGAUGAAUCCAUCGACAUCAUUGAGGAUUGCUCGGCCGUGUACGAGAAGCUGAGCUCGGACAAGAAGAAAAAGGAGAAGACGUUGCAAAAGAUCGAGAAUGCGAUGCGCGAGCGUCUGACAAAGGACGAUUUGCGUGUUGAGUCAAUUCUCGGGUCAUACAAGUUCGCCUCUCAAGCUGUCCGCUUUUUGCUUGGAGACGAGCACAAAGACCUGAAUGAGUGCUUCGAUUUCAUGGAGGAGAUGGCUGCGCAGCAAUCAGUUUUAAAGGGCCUGAAUCUGAAGAGUCUUCACGAGUGCCGUGCAGCCUGUGCUGAGUUGAUGAAGGCGCUGCUUGAGGUACCCAAGACAACGUCAGACAACAGCAUUAAGUUCCAGCGGGCGCUUUACCGCGUCAUUGACUGCGUGGAAACCGUGUUGAACUGCAUGAAGAAGAUUCUGGUCAAGCAGGAGAACCUGGUACAGAUUUUGACGGAUACUCCGUUGAAGCAGAGCUCGUUCUUCUUUCCAGGCGACGCGCAGCAGUAUGCAAACAUGCAGCUGCAACGCUUGGUGAACUCGGAGGCGGCACUCGAUAUCGUGUCGCGAGCUUACCAAUUGUUGACGGUGGACAACUUUGACGCCGAGCCACGCUCUGAAGAAGGACGCCGUCGCCUGCGUUUCUUUGCUAACUCGCUGUUCAUGGAUAUGCCCGAUGCCAAGCCCAUUCGCAAGAUCCGUUCACUGACGGUAUCGACACCGUACUACAACGAAAUUGUCAUGUACUCGAUCAAGGAUUUGACUUCUCAGAACGACGACAGUAUCAAGUUGCUGUACUACUUGAAAACCAUUUAUCCGUUUGAGUGGGAGAAUCUGCUGGAGCGGAUUCAAGCAAAGGACAUGGAAGAGGCGCUGAAGAAGUUUCCUGAGGAAACGUUGCUGUGGGCAAGUUACCGUGGUCAGACGCUCGCCCGUACAGUGCGUGGAAUGAUGUACAAUGAGGACGCUAUUCGUUUCCUUCACUGGUUGGAAAUUUGUGAGAAUGAGGUCAUGCAUCAGUUUGGUUGCCCGUGCAACAAAUGCAAGCGCUUGGAAGAUAUGGUUGCGCUCAAGUUCAAUUACCUGUGCACAUGCCAGAUCUACGGAAAGCAGAAGGAUGAGCAGCGGCAGCAGGCCGCUGAUCUCGAGUAUCUACUUCGCAAACACCCGACGCUUCGCGUGGCUUAUGUGGACGGUCCGAAGAAGGUGAAGGAAGGUCCGCCCAGGUUUUACUCUGUGCUCGUGCGCGCCGACGGCGAGAACAUUGCAGAAGUUUAUCGCGUGGAGUUGCCAGGCAAUCCGAUUAUUGGUGAGGGUAAGCCUGAGAACCAGAAUCACGCCAUCAUUUUCUCGCGUGGCGAGCUGUUGCAGUGUAUUGAUAUGAACCAGGACGGCUACCUCGAGGAAGCACUGAAGAUGCCGAACCUGUUAUCGACGAAGGAUUCGGAGACUGCAAAUUGCCCGUUGACGAUUAUUGGUUUCCGUGAGCACGUCUUCACUGGUGGGGUGUCAAACCUUGCCAGUUUUAUGUCGAUCCAGGAACUGUCGUUUGUAUCGCUUGGUCAGCGUAUGCUUGCGUUGAACCACGUCCGUCAGCAUUACGGUCACCCCGAUAUAUUCGACAAACUGUUUGCGAUGGGCUGUGGUGGUACUGCUAAGGCGUCCAAGGGCGUGAACCUUUCCGAAGAUAUCUUCGCUGGUUUUAACAGUACGCUGCGUGGCGGCCGCGUCUCACACGAGGAGUUUAUCCAAGUGGGUAAGGGUCGCGAUGUCGGUAUGCAGCAGCUGGUUCUCUUUGAGGCCAAGUUGUCAUCUGGUGCAGGCGAGUGUGUGAUUUCUCGCGAUGCGCUGCGCAUGGCCACUCGUCUCGACUUUUUCCGCCUCCACUCUUGGUUCUACGGUAACUUGGGCUGGUACUUCACACAGACGAUGACAGUAGUGGGUGUCUUUUUCUUCAUUUAUGGCAAGGUGUACAUGGCCCUGAGUGGCAUGGACAGUUACUUCCUGGAGAAGGGUGGACUCGGCAUUGGUGGCACGCUGAACACGUCUUGGGCGUUUCAGUUUGGAUUCCUGCUUGUGGUGCCAGUCGUAGCUGUCGUUGGUGUGGAGCAAGGUUUCCGUCAUGGUGUCACGUACCUGUUGUGGAACAUCAUGACGCUUGGUCCGCUGUUCUUCACGUUUCAAAUGGGGACACGUAUGCACUACUUUGACCGUACACUGGUUCACGGUGGUGCAAAGUACCGUGCUACGGGUCGUGGUUUCACGAUCAAGCACGAGAAGUUCGCGGAGCUGUAUCGCUUCUACGCGUUCAGCCACUUUUACCGCGCCGUCGAGCUUGUGUUCUUGUUAGUUCUAUUCCGUGCAUACGGCACGUUUUCGUGGUGCAACUGCUCGUGGACGCAGGACGUGUUGUUUUACAACUACUACAAGCCUUCGGACAACGACUGGAACACGCGAUGUUACGCCAACUACUACCAAACGUGCGUGCAGCCGACAAAUCAAAACUACGGUAUGAUGUCGUAUUCUUUGUGGAUCAUUGCGGCAACAUGGUUGUGGGCGCCGUUCUUCUUCAAUCCGAGCGGGUUCGACUGGGACAAGCUGAUUGAGGAUUAUACGGACUGGCAGAACUGGCUGAAGACGACGAAUGACUCUGCGGCAAGUUGGUCGGGCUGGUGGUCGAACGAGGUGGAGUACUUGGAGCACUCGACGAGAGGUGCACGCAUUGUGUCGAUGAUCCGCAAGAUGCGGUUCUUUUUCAUCGCAUAUGGCAUGUACCUGCAGUUGGCGUACAAGACCUACUAUGAGGAUCGGGACCUUCAGAUCGAGAGGGGUUCCAUGAUAUCCUACGCACUAGCGGGCCUCAUGUUCAUUAUCGUGCUACUGCUUCUGUGUUGCGGCUACAUCGCAAGUCGUGUGAAGAAGAAAUUGACCUUCAAGCAGAAGAAGCUGCGCAAGAUGAAGUUCAUACUGUCUUGCUGCGGUCUUCUCGUUGCGGCUGCGAGUCUGCUGAUCGUCUCGAUGGUGAACCUAAUGGAGAUCAUCGUCAUCGUCUUGAUGGCCGCUUACUGGUUCCUGCAGCUCUGCAUUUACCGCAAUCAGACGAAUCACGUGGUGGUGCGCGGGAUGGCGCGUUCGUAUGACCGCUGGGUGGGCUGGAUCAUCUUGGGCCCGGUGCUCUUCAUCGCCAUGUUCCUGCCUUUCCUUUCGUCGUUCCAGCAGCGCGUCAUGUUCAACAACGCGUUCACGUCAGGCCUUGAGGUGUCGAAACUAUUUGCAAACGAGGCGGCGUCGUCCACGAGCAAGAUCGUCAAGGUCAAGCGCGUGGCCAAGAAGAAAAAACGAAGUGACUAG